UGGCCUGUGUUUGCGAAGACCAAACCAAGUAUAUCUUUGGCUAGAGACAUCCACAGGCACAUCACCAUGCUAGAACAUUCCACUCCAGCCCGCAUUUCCUAAAAAGCAGCUGGUGGGACCGCAGCAGCAUCCAUUUUUCUUUUCCUCGCUCCGACAAUUCAAUUUAAAAAAGUUUUUCUCUUUUUCUGUUUCCAGCUAUACAAAUUUAUCUUACAGCAUUUGAAAUGUCGGGAAAGGGUAGACAACCUCGCGUCAAGGGCAACCUCAAGCCAACGAGCAGCAGUCGUGCGGCGGACUUGCUCGAGGGAGACAUGGCGGCGAUCAACGCGUUCAAGGCAAACCCGGCUCUCGCGUUCAGCCAGCUGUCGCGUGCAGCUCCCAGUCCUAGGCAAUCAUCAAAGUCCACCACGCCUGAGGCGAACUCGCGCUCAUCGACACCGGGGCCGGCAUUAGACCAGAUCGACGGGCACCUGGCGUCACAGCUCAAGCGGCUGGGAAAGCACGACUCGAAGACGAAGAUGCGUGCGCUGUUUGAGCUGAAAGGAUACGUUGCCGAGCACACAUGGGAGGACGGGCUGGAGGGCAUGAUGCUGGCGUGGCCGCCGCUGUUCAGAAAACACAUUUUUGAUCCCGACCGCCGUGUGCGUGCAGCCGUGGCCACGGUCAAUGCUGCGCUGGUGAAGAGCGCCGGAAAGCGGCUGGCGCCCAAUUUGAAGCAACUGAUCGGGGCCUGGAUUGCCUCCUACUUUGAUCCGCACCGGGAGGUGGCCAAGACGUCCAAGAAGGCAUACGAGACAGUGUUCCCAGAGUCCCGGCGCAAAGAAGUGUUUGCGUACUGCAUGGAUGAGCUUGUCGAUUUUGCGGUUGACAACAUUGUGAACCAGACACCAGAGACGCUGAGCGACCCGCGGUUUGCCGAUGCCGAGGAAAUGAAGAGCAAGUUCGAGCAGGUCAUUGGCGCUUCGUUUGGCAUUCUGGGGCUAGUCAUCGAGGAAGUCGAGUCAGAUAAAGUGGUGGAAGCGAAGGCCAAGUUCGAUGAGGUUCUCGGCAGCAAAAAGGCAAUGCAAUUCCUGGCCAGCCCAGCCACGUUCAUUCGCCGGGCCGUAUACCGGUUCAUCCGCUCAGCCAUGCUUGGGUGUCCGCAGCUGGCACAGGACUCGUAUCUGCAGCUGACCCAGGCACUGGUGUCAAAUGCAUUUGUGGACAACGACCCGACAGCACACGGCGACAUGUGGGAUGCAGUUUUGCUGACCACCAAAAACUACCCCCAGGCAUGGUCUGAGAUCACAGCCAAGGGCAAGAAGACACCGCCUGUGGCCCGGCUCUUUGCUUUCCUGAGUUCGCGCUGCCGUAUGGCCCCCACAAUCUCAUACCCAUCGAUUCUGGCGCUGCUGGCAAACCUGCCCGCGGAUAUCCUUGACGAGCCAGCGUUUAGCAGCGAGUUCCGCGGCGCUCUAUGGCAGGGUGCUGCGGCCAGUGAUGAAGCGGCUGCGGCCACGAAGAUCGGUGCCAGGGCAGUGCAGGUCGAGAGCAUUUCUCUGGCGAGUGCCUUGUGCGAAUGCCUGUCGUUCUUGUGGCAGCGCAGCCUAAAGGCAGCUGGACCUGCGGGCAUCGACAGUGUAAGCAAGGAAGCAGCCCAGGAACUGGAUCGGCUGUGGCACUUUUACCUCCAGAAUGGCGACGUGGCCGAGGAAAUGACAGGGGCGUUUGUCGCGCUGUACUGCAAGAUCGAGGUCCUGGCAGAGAAGUACGGGACGGUGCUGAUGGACAAGAUCUGGGCACAAACCAGCUGGUUCGCACUGAAGAGGCUAUCUGGCGACUCAGCGGCUCCUGUGGUUCAUUUGGUAGCACAGAUCCGAGCUCUGGAUGCUAAGCAGCACGGGCCACUGGUUGAAAAUGCAAAGAAGCUGGUGGUCGCUUUCUGCCAGCUCGCAGCGCAAUCUCCUGACGACCAGACAGCCCAGGGCCUUAUUCAGACACUGGCUCAGCAUGCUCCUGACGUCGUAUUCCGCGAAGGGUUUGCCGACAAGUUCUCUGUUCGCUUGGAAAAGUCGGGUGCUUGCGACGAAGCUAUAGAUCUGGUUCUAUCCAAGGCACAAUACGUGAUGGCCAACACCGGAUCGCUGGCGGAGGCGGUCGCCAGCCUAGACGAAUUUGUCAGGAUGCCAGCCGACAGUGCUGACGAUGGAAAUGGCACAACGCUGCGCCUUGUCACAGCAUUGCUGAAGGCGCUUCCGGGCUCGCAGAUCUCCCGGAAUGGAGAUUUUACCUCGGCGCGCCUGCCGUCGCUGGAUGCUCUUAUCGUAUCGUCGAUUCCCAGCAUUCCCAGCUGUGCUGAUGACAUAUUGUCUGCAUCAUUUGAGUCACCGCCAUCGCAGCUGUUGCAGCUGUACAGCCAGGCACUGCAGCUGUCGUUCUGCGGCACGGUACUUGUCUCACCCCAGACAGUUAACGUGGUGUUCGGCUGGAUGGAGAGCGUGUUCAAAAUGCAGUAUGAGAUACAGUGGGAGGACAAAAAAUCCAAGAGCAGCUCGCUGGACAGCUGGAUCCGAACCAUCCAUGAGGUUCUGAGCAGCUGGACUGCUUUGGCGAACGACCGCAUGGCCGGCCCACGGUUUGUGCGGUUCUGGCUUACGCGCACUGACAACAAUGCGCGCUCGGCGCUGGGUCUAUUGUUCGACAUGGCGCUGUCGUCGGCGCACGGUGAAACCGGUCCUGACAGCACGCUGGCCGGAAUUGCGCACGCAAGACUCUACCCACAAGCCAAGCGUGCGUGGUUGGCAACCGAGUCACAGCUCGAGAAGCUACACCUGGGAUCGGAGCUGGCACACGCGUUGAGCGAGUCGAUUUCAGAGGACCUAGGCGAUCUGGCAACACUCAAGAACCCAUCGCAUCUGGCACGCCUUGCCCACUCGGUGUUUGCGCGUAUCUGUCCGCAGGACGAUACCAAGGCAAUCAAGUCCUUGAUCCGCAGGUGGCUACUGGACGAACUUUCCUGGAAGGGAGCAUUGCAGGGAGAUGCGCAGGCAGUACUUGGUGAGAGCGCCUUGGUUGAUGACUAUCUGGGCCAGACCGCGCUAGGCAGUGCAGCACUGAGCCAGGCUAUCAACGAGCCGCUGGGCGCCAUGUCUCUGUCGUUCCACUCGCUGGGCCAGUGGUCAGUAGCCUCGCUGGCCAGCAAGGGGCUGAAUGCGACGGACCACCAGCAGCGAUUCGACAUGUAUGGUCUUUCGAGGUUUGCUCGGCGCGCCAUGUUCAGUGUCGAGUUCUUGCAGUUGUCGGGCGGUCUGGUGGUUCUUUCUGACGCGUCAAACGAGGCUCUGUCGACCCUGAUUCUAAACAUGACACUGGCGUAUGUGCUGCUGCGCGAGACUCUGGCCGCUUACAAGCACGAUGCCGAGGACUCGGACAGUGCCACGUCUGGCAGCAUCGGUAUUGUGCAGCUCGACGAUGGGGACAACGCCCUGUAUGCCCGGAUCAGCGCUGCAGCCAAGAUGAUCGAAGGAACAGUAUCCGACAUACUGAGCCUGCUGGUUGUCCAUGGAUUCUCGUUGCCCAAAUCCCAGAGCGGCGACGACGACAACGAAGAGGCAGUGCAGAUCAAGAUCCCCCACGACUCUGGCCGCUGGCUUAGCACACUUGUCAGCAGGGUUCUCAGUACUGGCGACGCCUCCUUGGACAAUGACGUGUCAGACUCAGUCUGGGACAUUUUGAUUAUCACUUGCAUUGCACGGCAUCGCCAGGCACCACAAUCGCAGUGGGCACGCGUUCUGGCAACUCUUUCGGAGUGGUGCCAGUGGGCUAACCCGCUAAACUCGGCCGAUGUAGAGGCCGCCAUGGCCGUACCGCUGUCCAGCGACCUGCCCAAGAUCCUGGAGCUGCCAGCGCUUGUCGACCUGACGACGCUUGUAGCGCGGUCGGUGUCCUUGCGACAUGCAUGCCCGCAGUCGCCUGCGCUGCGUGGGACGCUGAUAGAUCUGACCGGCUCUUUGACACGGACCAUCAACGGCAAGGCUGCGUCAGCGACGAGUCUGUCUUUGAAGCUGGUGGUAGCGCUAGAGCUUCUGGCGGAGCUCUUGCCGCCACAGCGCUGUUGGUCUGGUGCGCCAGUGCCUGCGCUGGCUGAACUUUGCCGAAACCCUCGAUAAUGUUGAGCAGCAGCAGGCUGUUCUGGUCUCUGUAGCGUGCUCUGUCAGUUCGCUGGCGCGCAUGUCGAAGAAUCUGGUUGAGGAUAUCAAUUCAGUCGGCCCGGUUCUGCGGCAGAUCGGCGACCACCUGGUCAGCACGUGUGUGGUGUCGGAACGACCAGUGCCUGAGGGUGUUGCAGCUGUGACGGCGCUUGUGGUUAACGGGUUCUUUGACGUCCCGGCAUUCGAUACUCUGUACCCCGUGAUGAUAAGUG